AUGAAAAUCAAAACACUCAGCAGGCUGGCCGACAGCUAUGUGCCUGCACGCAACACGCAGGAGCUGGCGAUGCCCCGUAACUUGAAUCCAGCCCUUCAUCCGUUCGAGCGGGCCAGAGAAUACACUAGAGCAGUCACUGCCACCAAACUAGAGAGAAUGUUUGCCCAGCCGUUUGUGGGCCAGUUGGGCGACGGCCACAGAGACGGAGUGUACUGUCUUGCGAGAAACUACAAAACCACCAACCAGGUUGCCAGUGGUUCUGGCGACGGUGUGGUGAAAUACUGGAACAUGACACUGAGAGAAGAGCUGGUGAGCUUCAAAGCCCACGAGGGCAUGGUCACGGGUUUGAGCGAAACGGGAGACCUUGAGGUGUUCAAGCCUGAAGGCUACAAACAGCUGAACAACGCCUUGGUCAAGACUUUUGCGGGUGAUCACGCAUUCAAGGGCCUCGACCACCACGCUGAGGAGGACAUCUUCGUAACCGGUGGCGCUAGCAUCAACCUCUGGGACAUGAACAGAACCCGCCCUACUCUGAACCUCACGUGGGGUGCUGACAACGUCAACAGCGUCAAGUUCAACCGCACGGAGACGAAUGUGUUGGCGUCAGCAGGCCUGGACAACUCCAUCGUGCUCUACGACGUCAGAAGCAACACCGCUGUGCAGAAAGUCGUCACCAACAUGAGAGCCAAUGCGCUUUCGUGGAACCCCAUGGAGGCCUUCCACUUUGCCUCUGCCCACGACGACCACAACUGUUACUUGUGGGACAUGAGACGCAUGGACUCGUCGCUCAACGUGUACAAGGACCACGUCAGUGCUGUGAUGGACCUUGAUUUUUCACCUACGGGCCAGGAUCUCGUCACAGGCUCGUAUGACAAAACGAUUCGUAUAUACCGCCCACGGGACGGCCACUCGCGUGAAAUCUACCACACCAAGCGUAUGCAGCGUAUUUUCAGCGUGUGUUUCACCACAGACCUGCGGUACAUUUUGAGUGGGUCGGACGAUACCAACAUCCGUUUGUGGAGAGCCAACGCCUCGGACCGUCUGGACGUCAAGUCGCUGAAGGAGCGUUCCAAGAGAAACUACGACGAGAAGUUGAAGGAGAGAUACAAGUACAUGCCCGAGGUGCGCCGUAUUGCUCGUCACAGACACUUGCCCAAGGUUGUGAAGAAGGCGCAGGAGAUCAAGCGUGUGGAGGUGGAGUCCUUGAAGCGCAGGGAGGACAAUGACCGCAGACACUCCAAGGAGGGUUCGAAGCCCCGUGUGCCUGAGAGAAAGAAGCACAUCCGAGGCACUGCCAUCAAGGAGUAG